AUGAGCCUCAGCCCGCCAGCAGGAGGAGGACCAUACAGCCACUGGGCACGUGGAAGAGGGCAGCGCAACACGGUCACCCUCCCAUUUCUGAAUGCCAGCAUGCCGUCUACCGGCAAGUUGGCACCCUCUGCGUUCAGGCCCACCGGAGGGGGGGCAAAGGUCCUUGAAACGCUCAGCCUAGGAUGGAACCUCAAAUACUUGUCGGCCGGUGCUCACGGCCUCGCGUAUCGCGCCACCAAUGUUUCAGAGGCGUCCCACAGACAAUUCUUUGGGUCCCUGUCGUCUUACGUGGUGGGGAGCCCACAGAGCGCUCCCCAAAAGGUGAUCAUCAAGGUCCACCGCUUGGACAAGUUCGACGACAUUGCUGCUGCUCGGAUGGAGUGCAAGAUGCAGGCAUGGCUCCACAGCCAGGAGACGACCUUCCGAGGCACACAGGUCCGGGGCAGCGAGGUCGUGCCGCCCGUCUUCUAUGCAGGCCUCCUGGACGGCGGGAGAAGGAUGGGGAUGGUGUUCAUCACGGUCAUGGGCGAAGCCCCAGGCGUGGUGCUCCGAGAGUUUCUGAGAAGGCGUUCAAAUGAGUUGACAGGAUUCGAGUAUGCGCUCAUUGAAAGGGCCAUCCUCACGCUCUGGCUCCUGGGGGUCGUCCAUGCGGACCUGCACGAAGAAAACAUCUUCAUCGACGAGAAGUCAGAGAAGGUGACAAUCAUCGAUUUCGGGUAUGCCCUGAUACUGCCCAAAGCAAAGGCAACGCAAGUGAGGGCCGCCCUUAACCACGGGGCAAACACGAACACGCUCUGGAACGACAAGAAGACGGGCCUGCGCAAGUACGUGAAUGCCAUCCAGGGCGGCCGCGGGUAUGAUUGGUACAACCCAGAAGCAAAGGUGGCACGCUACUUUCGAACACUUGUUGACGACGAGGACAAAACAACUUUGAGUGCCAACAGGGCAAAGGCAUGGGGCAAAGGCGCGGGGCAAAAGCACCAGAGAGAGCCAUCCAAGAGGCAGCAGGAGCUUCUGAGGCGGCUCACCGUGUCCCGCCCGGGGUUCGCGACCAGCACGGGGGGCAGGCACUAUGUCCAGAACCCAAAGACCGGCGUCUGGCGCCUCUCGCCAGGCGCACCUCGCAAGGGAGGCCGUUCCAAGAGGCAGCUGAUGCUUGACAGCCUGCUGACAGCAUCCGGUCACAGCCCUCGAGGUCGGGCUUAUACAAAGGACACCAAAGGGCUGUGGAGGCUGGUUAAGGGCCCUGAUGGGUACGCUCCGAGGAGAAAGCCAUACCCAUUUCCCAAGGGCGUGAAAUCAGGUAUCGUUCUGGACAGGAGCGGUGGUAAGCGGUACAGGUACGGCCACUAUGACUACACCACAAGAGCUGGGAAAGCUGCAAG